AGUUUGCGAAAUCCCCCAAACAGAGAACCUCGAGUGUUUGGUCCAGCAAGUCAUCUCUCAGUACAGGUUUUCGGUACCACGGUGGACACAUUGUCAACACGGUAACCUCUCCGAGUCCGGACGCUUUGAGGUCCUACCUCUUCGAAGGGCUUCUUGGUAAAGACAGAUCCACCCUCUGGGAUCAAAUGCAGUUUUGGGAGGAUGCAUUCCUAGAUGCAGUCUCGCAAGAAAGGGAUAUGAUUGGAAUGGAUCAGGGUCCUCGAGAAAUGAUGGAACGUUACAAAAGUUUAAGUGAUACGGAAAGGAAGAGGUUAGAACACGAAGAGGAUAAAUUAUUGGCGACGCAACUUUACAAUCUGACCGCUAUUCUCGUCAUGUUGAAUUGUGGCAAAGAGGAAAUAAAAAGAAAAAUCAGACGGCUUCUAGGAAAAAGCCACAUUGGUUUUAUUUAUAGUAACGAGGUUAAUCUACUGCUUGAUCAAAUUCACAAUUUGAAUGGUAACGAUAUCGAUCUGAAACCUUUGGGAUCUCGUCUCCUCCACAGGCAGAGUUUCACGGUUCACCAUGGAGUUGAUUGCACCGGAGAGUUGAGAUUUAUGGAGGUUAGAGACGACGGCCUUGUCCUGAGAUCUGUGACAGGCGUUAUAGUGGAAAGAUGGUGGUUUGAAAGACUCGUCAAUAUGACGUACAGUCCGAAAAAUAAAGUGUUGUGUCUUUGGAGAAGAAACGGCCAACAGACGCAGCUACAUAAAUAUUACACCAAAAAGUGCAAACAACUGUACUAUUGCAUAAAGGAGGCCAUGGAACGUGGAGGAGUGUCUGGUACGGCGCCAGAAUUGGGAGGGGAGUUUCCAGUUCAAGACAUGAGUACGGGAGAAGGAGGCCUGUUACAGGUCUGCAUGGAGGGAGUCGGUUUGCUCUUCGCCAACAGCAAGGACUUUGAGUUUUUCGUGAGGAUUGUCCACAUUAGGAAAUGCUUCACGCAAAAAGGAAAUAUAUUCGUGAUAGAGGAAUUCAAUCCCAAAACUCGACAAGUGAUCGAAAGAAAGUACAAGUCACCUAUGGCGGAACAAAUUUGCUACUCGGUACUCUGCGUGUUCUCCUACAUGGCAGCCGGAAUCGACAAGAAGAGGUCUUCGAACGUGUCACGUCUACCGAUCGCCCCCUGUCUCGCACCUUACACACCCCCUUCCGAGGAACCCCAACCCCUUCCACACGUGCCUGCCAUACCUCCGCCUAGCAGUCCGGAUCCCGGUUCCAUCACUCCAGUGGGAGGUCCACCCAAGUACCCUCCUCCAGCGUUACCUCCCGGUGUGGCUCCUCCAGCGCCACCUCCUGGGGCAAGGACAUUUUCGUCACAGAUGUCUCUUUCAACACUUCCCUCUAGUCAACCCCCUCCCGUGCCUAGUCGGUCUAUCCCAAGGAGACAGAUUUCUAUGCCUUUGCCCCCCCAAACGCCUCCAAGGCCGAAGUGACGUCAUAGGAGGUAUUCUUUGAGGUUCGUGUAUGGAAGUGACUGUGAAGGUCCUUCGUGUCUUCCUUGGGUGUGAGUUUUUGGGUUGAGGGUCAAGUCUAAGGGGAUGGUAUGUGUUAUUGCCGCGAUCAACAAUUUUUAAUUUUUUUGAUACUUCGAUGUCAUUAAAAAAAGAGGUAUUAUUCAAAUUGGAAGGGUAUAACUUUAGGAGAUAAUUUUUUGGGAAAAGAAAGCUUUUGGCUUACUAUUCCUCCAUCUCUAUGCAAAAAGUGUGAUAACUUUGCAAAGGAAGAAAAGAAACAUCGGUUUCCGAAAGGUAACUAUACAAAAGUGUGUAGAUUAUGCAAAGAAGUAACUUUUAGACACAAACUGGAAAAAAGUCUUCUU